AAAGGUCAUUUUUUACCUUUAAUUUUUCUUCUUUGGUUUCAUAUGGUUUUCGGGCCUUUGAUGGAGAGGCUUUGUUCCUGAAGACAGUUUUAAAUUUGGUGCAGAGAGUCAAUUGCUCUGUAAUUCCAUCGUAUCUCUCAAAUGCGACGGGACCUUUUAUGACGACGAGGCAGAUGAACAAUUGCCAGUCUGGAGAGUGAGGGUGAGGCACAUGAAGUCUGGGGGUACUCCUGAAGACAGUUUUAAAUUUGGUGCAGAGAGUCAAUUGCUCAGGAAUUCCAUCGUAUCUCUCAAAUGCGACGGGACCUUUUAUGACGACGAGGAAGAUGAACAAUUGCCAAAGUCUGGAGAGUGAGGAGGGUGAGGCACAUGAAGUCUGGGGGUACUCCUUUCCCUGUGCUCUCUGCUCUUGAGCAUAUUAGUUGUUUGUUUGGUAGGGCUGCUUCUGCGCUGCCUGCGCAUUGACCGGUGGUUGCCAUGUAGGGGAUGCUCCCCAACUGAUUAAUAUAGUGGAGUGCACGUCUUGUCGCGCAUGAUAUAGAUCUUCUUUUCUCCUUCCUUUUUUUUUUCUUUUUUUUUUUCUUUUGUAAUUUUGAGAUCCUGUCUAGCGGGCAGGAGUCUUGCCACCAGGAUCACCCGCGAGGAACCAAACUUCUCUUUCAAUCACUCUUUUUUUUCUUAUGUACAGAUACUAGGUCCCAUUGCAUUUGUCAAGCGAUCGAUCGAUCGAUUCCACAGUUCUGAAGCUUUUCAUUUCGUCAAAGAUUACAAAGAGUGGGAAGAGGAGCUGAGAAAAAGUGGAGCACGGUGGUGAUCAGUCACCGGAGUGGCGGGAAUGAUAAUUUAAAACCAUGACAAUGGUUAACGGUCUGAGCCGUUUGGUCCUGGGUGGGUCGUCUUUUGCCAAGGUUUCGAGGAGGGAGAUGGAAAAGGGGAGAGGGAGUCUCCGGCUUCCGGUCUCUUUCUUGCUAGUGUUUGAAUUCUUGCAAUGCUGCAAUUCACAUGCGGAGGGCAGGUGGUACUAAGCGCUAUCAUCAUUUAGCGCUAGCAUGUGUCGGUGUCAGUUCUCGGGAUGUUGUCGGCCCGGAAUCAAGUCAGACGGUACACUAUUGCAGUGCCGGACGGAAGGAUGGAAGGAUGAUUUCCAUUCCGGGAGUCACGGUGGCCUUAAUAUGGCCUACACACUGAUCUUCAGCUGCUGGGUAGACAGCAAGUGUUGACAAAGCAGACAGUGCCGGACGGCACUUAAUUGUAGGUAUGUUGCAAUUAUACAAAGUAUGAUAAACAUGUUGUCGAGGCGGCAUGAGUCUGCACUCCUGACUGAGUCUGGUGGCCUCGUAAAGAUGGACAUCAUGUGUACCCAUGGAAGAAGUAUGGAGGGGUGGAUUUUCGCUCGCUGUGGCUUGGCAGUCACUGACCGAUCUGGAGGCGCCAGGCACGACAAGUGUUGACAUGGCAGAUGCUGCGUAAUGCAGGCAUAUUGCAAUAUCAACGUGUUGUCGCGAAGAUGCAGAUGCCGCACUCCGGAGACUUAUGAUUUCGCCUGCACCGUGAUGGUCGAUUGAGGUACGGACCUUCACUUGCUAUGGCUUGGCCUACUAGACAUUGUUGAUUCGGAAUCGGAUCUGCGCCUGCCUGUUAUGAUCUGUUACAAUGGGGAAGGUCCACUCGGCAGAGGCCUGACUAAUUGGGGCGUGUAUGUUGCAAGGUAAGUGUGUCGCUGAGACGGCAGACGCUGCACUCUCCAGAGACUGGUGCUCUCAUAUGGAUACAUACACGGCCAUACAUCGAUCGACACUCGUGGUCGGAGUGUCCCGCCCACUUUUGGCUGAGGAAAUUAUAGCUCCCACUUUUGUAAUUCGCGGUUGCAAUUAUAGCGGGUGGAUGAGAGGAUGGGUGCCGCCGCAGCUACCUUCGCUAGCUAACUAUUAUGGGAGUGUAUGGUCCAUCGCAGUGACUGCGAUGACGUACCAUAUAAUGGUGUCAAUCUCAAUGUCACCUUUCCAUUAUAGUAGUGAGGAGUUUGUGGAUACUGACUUCACCACAUAGACUUGCUGGUUAGUGUUCAGGACUUGGAGAGAAUGAGGAGCGGCACGUAGACUUCUUGGAAAUCGACUGCUGCAUCGAGACUCGGACGUUUCAGUUGGUACCGUGACCGCCUCAAGGACUUUGUCCAGGAGCGGCACAUAGGUUAGAGAGAGGGUGAUGGUUGACGGCCUCCUCGAGGAGGAGGAGGAGGAGGAAUUGUUGCUUGUGUUCAAAUUAUUCGUUGAGCAUUGUGCCGGUCGAGCGUUGUGGAUAUCUGGGAUCAUCGGGGGAAGGCGAUGAAGGACUUGGAGGAGAAGGCGGUUGCAAUGUGUAGCACUAGCGGUCCCUUCUCCCCCCUUCCUUGAGCCUUCCACUCGCAGUCCAAGAGGAUCACUGCAGGAGAGGGUGCACGUCGGAACUCCUCACAUGGUGGAACACCUCACUAGCAAUUUUGUGCCGUCAGUUGCUGAUGGCUGCCAUGCUUUUUUUUUUUCUUUUCCCCUAAGACGCCUAAAUCUACGAGAGUUGUAGAAUUUUUCUCAUUUACGUCCAGCGGAGUUCGAACUCGGGCCAGGUCUGUAUUUCAACAGUUCAGGGGUGUGCCCACUGAGCUAGGCAAGUUGGUCUAACUAUAUGCACAGAAAUGGUCUGAUGAUAUGUUGUCAACGUAAAUUUCGUCAUUAAGUAAUUAAGUAAUAAUGAUAGAAUUAAUGUAGACUUAUAACAGGAUAUUAUUAUUAUUAUUAUAUUAUGGUCCCGCUCCAGAAGGUAAUAAUGCAGGUCACAAGGCCCUUAUAUAUGUACAUAUAUACCUGAUGAGUCGGUGAAACUCCGACGAAACAGUUUGUCACAGCCCCUCGUUUGUUGUCCUCUUCUCCCUCUCUGCCUACGGUUUACCGGGCAGUUCUAUUUGACGAUAUAUAUAUACGAUAUAUAUACAUAUAUGUGCCAGAUUUGAUGGCUUUUGAUGGGGUCGGAACCUAUACACUCUGUACAGUUUUUCUUCUUCCGUGGCUCUGCCGUGGGUGGGUGAUAGCCUGCUUUGAAUUAAGUCAUGGGUACACAGAGACGGAAAAAAAAAAAAAAAAAAAAAAAAAAAAAAAAAAAAAAAAAAACCGGCAGUAGUUGGUGCCCACCUGCGAUUGAGGGUAAGAAGGGAUUAUCGCGUAGUACAGAGCGGUCAUCUGUUAAGGGGCUUCACAGACUCUAGAGUCUUGAGGGUUCAGCCUCGUGACGGGUUUAGCUUGGCGAAAUCUCCUGGAGACGGUCUGCCAAAGCCCGUCCAUCUUUUUCAUCUCCUCCUCCUCUUGGGUACCGGUGCACCGAGCAGAUCUGUGCUGGUCGGAGCUCCUUGAGACUCUAUAUUAUGUGUAUAUAUAUAUAUAGUAUAUACGUACGUGAUGCGAUGCAGCUUCGGCUUACAUGUGGAAUCAUGGAUGCUUAUACUACACACAGUAUAGUCUCCUCCUUUAUGUAUGACAUAGACAUAGAUUCAGACAUUCAUAUAUAAUAUUAUUCGCUUUGGAAUCCUUUACUAAGUCUUGCUAGUGAAGCCUCCGACUGUCGACUGCCCUCCCUCUCAUAGCUUGCUUGCAUACACAGUCUCACCCUUAGCCAGUCAAUCUCUGGGCAACAUUCAUCAAUUUGUCGACUUUCAGUUGCCGAUGGUCAUUUGUUCUUCUCAGUGAUGAAUUCCAAGUGUCCCGACCGA